UAGGUAUUGUGACAGUGUGGCAAUCUGUCACGCUGGGAUUCUCAACAAGGCAGGAUGAGGGGCUCCAGGGUACUCGUUUGAUGCAGAGGAAUGUGGCUUUUCACUUUCCUCAUUUGCUUGUAAAGUUCAUUUUGUGACCUGGAGCCUGGAGAUUUCAAAGUGAUUUGGGAGAGAUGAAAUCUCCAAUCCUCGAACCAGGUUUUGGGAAUGGCCAGGAGACUGAUUGGUCAGGUGUGUGUGGCUCUCUUCUAGGACCAGGGUUCUGGGCGCCACCCCGGCCGACAGGAGAUCGUUGCCCAGGAGUCAGGAGAGCUCCACCUAGGAGAGGUCAGAGCCAG